AUGCCGACAACAAAUCCGUUGAAUACAACAAGCUUAACCACUACCAGUUCAAAGGAACUAGUCGAUCUUGAAGUUAUCGUACUGAACUGGGCCAAACAAAUUUUUGAUGUUACAAAAACUAAAAGAGAAGCUAAAAUUAAUAAAAAAUUUCUUCAGUAUAAUAUCAAUUGGUCACAUUUGUUGAAUGAAUCAUUGGAGCCAAUAUAUACGAUUGGUAGUAUGGAUGUUAGAAAUGUCCGGCAAACAAAAGAUGAGCAAAGCUUAUUUAAAUCAACAUUUACCAAUACAACUGAACGUGAACAGGAAUAUUCAUUUAAAACACAACGUUCAACACGUAGUGCUGCAACAGUGAUUAUUGAGAAAGGUGUAUGUCGUGGAAUUGGAAUGGAACUGAAAUUAAAAACGCCAUGUGAAGUAGUGGAAGCUAAUGCUGGAUUCAAUACCGAAUUAACAGUGGUGAAUAUUGGCGAGAAUACAAUUGAGGAAGAGCUCGAAUGGGGUGUUGAUAGUACCGUUCGGGUACCCCCUCUUUCUGAAACCAUUGCGGAGUUAAUAAUUUUAGAAGAUCAUCAGACUAGGAAAUUUUCCAUCGAAAGUCGAAUGUCAGGUCGAAUUAUCGUAACAGUGACAAAUAUAAAAGAUAAUAACAGUUUGGUAACAAUAAUUGAAGGUAAAAUUGCCGAUAUCAUACGUGGUUUAGCAAAUUAUUCAUCAUUAGGCUUCACAGUACAAAAUGAUAUUGUUUCAUUUACGACGAAAGGGACGUGCAAGUUUAAGUAUGGUGUUGAGCAAAAGGUUAAAAUAAAGGAAUAUACCAUACGCAAAUACUGA